CCUUGUUUAGCCAAGGAAAAAGGAAGUCAAUGAAGACUGAAGAGCAAUUCCAAGAUGAUGUUACGACUGAGGAAAAAACCAAACAGUAAGUUACAAAUGCAGCACAGCCAACAAGGCAUAAGAUGGAUUCUUCAGCAGCCAAUAGCCAUGCACAUGUCCAUAGCAAACCCCUCCUCUAUCCACAUAUAUUCCCCACCCUCAUUAAUUUCCUCAUCCUCCUCCACCUCCAAAACACCACAAAAAUGGCGCUGUCCGAAAUGGGCUUUUGUUGUUCAAAUCUUGUUGACUCUGAUCAAUCUGAAUAGAGCCACUUCUUCUUCUUCUUCAGACCCUCUUGUUCAGCAAGAGUUGGACAAGGUCCUUCAGCUCCCAGGCCAAACCUUUAAUAUCUCCUUUGCACACUAUGCUGGGUACGUCACAGUGAAUGAGUACACUGGGAGGGCUCUAUUCUACUGGCUCAUUGAGGCUGCUGAAGACCCUUCUUCUAAGCCUCUGGUUCUUUGGCUCAAUGGAGUUUUUGAAAAAACACGGGAGAUGAAAAGAACGAAACAAAGUGGAGAAGGAUCUUGAAAGGUAC